AUGUACCCACUUCAAGGUACGGAAAACGACACAAGUCGCUGUGAUAAUGGAGACGCCCAAUACUUUGACGAUGGGAAGACGUUAUCCUGGCCAAUAAGGGCACCGGGUUUCCCUGUGAAUAAACGGACAAGAGUUAUUCGGAUAACGAAUAAUGAUGGAAACUUUAAGUUGAAGGAUCUGACAAUGAUAAUCCAUUUUAGAGCAGCUGACCUCGGUAUGAGGACACUUGCCCAAUUUGUUGCACAUGACAAACCAAUUCUCCUACUUUCAUUAGACGACCGCGACCUCCAUUUUUCACUGUACUCAAAAUGUGAAAACAAUAUGCGAAUUAAGAAGCUGAAGUUAGCGACGAGCAUGAAAAUAAAAAACUGGACAUUUGCAGCAGUUACCUACAAUCAAACAUCAGGAUAUGCCACGCUUUACGCAAGCGAUGGCUCUACCCAUAGUGCGCACUGGGGUUAUGUGAAUAUACAGGAGCCACAAGUUAUAUAUUUGGGUAAUAACAUUAAAUUUAUGAGUGAAGCUUCUGAUCAAGAUGAACAGGAGAUACCUGAGAAUUUUUCUGGAAAAAUGAGGUGCUUCAUUCUCUACCGCCGGGCUCUUGACUUUUCUCAAAUAACUAAAGUGGAGAGUUUUUGCCGCAAGAUAGCGUUGAAAGGUAACGAUACUGAUGAUGACGAAAGCCAUGCUGAUGAUAGAAUAGAAUUUCAAAGGUAUUAUGUAUUUGUUCCAAUGGUAGAGUCCCCAGGAAUCGCCUUCAUCACAAUUGGCCAGAAGGAUGGAAGCAGAAACAUAGUCGUAUCGACACUGCUGAAGUAUUUGCCGCUAUACCUGGUUUGUUUAAUGAUGGCUUACGUAGCUGGUAUCAUCAUCUGGGCCCUGGAAACAAGCCGGGAUGACGGUUUCGCCCACUCAUUCAUCAAGGGGGCUGUUGAAGGAUUUUGGUUUUCCUUCAUUUCCAUGACAACAGUCGGGUACGGUGAUAGAGUGCCUGUGGGGUUCUGGUCAAGGCUGUUCGCGGUGGUCUGGAUUUUAACUGGCCUAGUUAUGGCCUCUGUACUUAUAGGAGUACUGGCUACCUCGCUGACAUUCCACACGAUAGGAAAAGAUGUAAUUUUGUACGGCACAAAGGUGACGGUUCUAACUGAUUCACCGGCCCAUAGACUUGGAGUCAGAAGAAACGCUCGCAUCAAGCCACAAGACACUCUACAAGAGGCCUAUAAAUCUCUUGGGCAAGGUGAAGUCAAUGGACUGUUGUUAGAUGCCUAUAUCGCCGGAAGUCGCUCCGUCAAAGAUCUCUUCGACAAGCAACUCCGGGUCAAGGAAGUCAUAAAGCUCCCAAAAGGGUUUGGAAUUGUCUUGUCGGGAGAAGCCAUGAAGCUACAAAAGAGAGUUCGUGAUUACAUCAGAAAUAAUGCUGGACUUAUCACCAAAAUGAUCGAGAACAGUACCACUCCAUUACAGCAACCAGAAAAAAGUGAAGCCGAGGAACAGGCUACAGAGCUGUUUUCUGCUAACUCCUCGUUAUUUAAUGAGAUUCUUUUUGUGCUGUUGCAAACACUUGGGGCUGCUGUCCUCUGUGGACUCGUUUGGGAAGCCAUUCGCAAACUUCGCGCUCGAAGAAAAAAAGUACUUCCAGGUAAGUCAGUCAAAGGGCAUGGCAAAGCGAGACUGAUGACACAAAGAAAUGAGAUGCUGAAGACAGUGCAAAAUUUUCAUGACAGUUUCCGACAACUUUACAUGGAUUUAACAUAUAAAAGUGUUCAGGAACUUCGACGUUUUGAGCAAGAACGAAACCGACGAAAACAGAGUCGGAAAAAUGCUUGGACGUGA